AUGGCAAAGACCAAAUCCGUCCGCGCCCCGACGACGUCGAGUCUUCCCUACGAUCUCCGCAUUCCGAGCAGCACCGCCGCGCUCGUGAGAACACUUGGAAAGCUAUCUCGACCGUCCCUGCUCGAGCUCGUGUUGCUCUGGCUCUCAAAACCAAACGUGCAUCGCUUCCCGCCUUUUCUUGCCAAAGAUUUACCGACCAACAGCGACGUCAACGAGGAAGAAACAAGCCCUUACCCGGCGGCACGCAGUGUUGAAGAUGUGCGACUCUCCUACGAAGAACUACAGGCGCGCAAGGGCGGGAAACGAGAAGUCGUCGAUAGGAUCCUAGAAGGCGAUUGGCGCCAUGGUAUUACUCUGGCUCAACUCGCAAUGGCCGAUGUCCGGUACCUGGAAGACCACCCAGCCGCCCAAAAAUGGACCGCGUUUCGCCUCGUGUCUGCCGAUAACAGCAACAAGAAACAACAAAAACAAAGGGACGUCACUGAGGAGUCGACCACAGAUUUGUCUGCGUGUUUGCCGCGUCUGCAUGCUGCUACUUUCUUGUCGAAUCUACAGCGCGAAAUCUCGCCUCUGGUCAAGGCGCACUAUCACCUAGCCAAAUCCAACUCAUUUCCAUUGACAUUUCUUCGGAUUUUUGUCACCGACUCGCCUUAUCAAUACCCACGUCACAAUUCAGCUGUGUAUCUGGACUCUUCAAGAAUUAUAUACAUUGCAUUUCCGGACAGCAGUCCUUUUAUAUAUACCUCGGCAACUACGAUUACUACAGGGAAUACUCCUCCUAGUGCUGUUGGCACAGACUCACGAGCCCUGCGAAGCAUUGUCCGGAAUGCCAUCGCCAGAGCACUUUCAAAGCAACACGAGCGGUAUGAGCUAGAGGCAACAUCGCUAACAGCCAAGAGCCUCGCCACGCUCAUCGCACUCCGCGGUCCGGGACGAACAAACAUGGCCAACGGCGCUUUUAGCAUCUUUGCAGAUGCCGUAAUCGAAGGAACCCCAAUCGAUCCCCGGCGGCCUGGCACGGUCUCCCCAGACGAAUAUUCUGCGUCUGGGUCGAAGGAAGACACAAAAGCAGCAGGAGAAGAAAAUGAAGAAACAGAAGGAGAGGAGAAGCGAAAACCUCUCCAAAACCGUGAUUCCAACGACUCGCCCGCCACCAAGAAACGAAAACUAGUCGUCUCGUCACGCUUCGGCUUGUCGGGGACUACGGCUUGUCCAGCUGCUCUGGACCGGCUGGACGCGCGGUUGCUCGAUCACCUCGAUGAUAAUGACAACGACGAGCCCGACGAUAGCGAUAAUAACGAUCUCGAGGUCGAAGGGUAUCUAGAAAGCGGUGAAUAUGCCAUGGGCCUGAGUUUGACGGGCAACAAUGUCAUUGCGGGCCUUCGGAAGUUGGCAGAGCUGGGGAUGGUUGAUCCUAACCGGAUGCCGUCUUGGAUGACUGGCGAGGAGGGUGUUAGUUCAUUGGUCGCGAGGCGUGGGGAGAGAGUUGUCCCUGAUAGAAAAAGGUAA